AUGGUGAAGCAGGGUAAACAACAAGGAAUUGUUGUAAAAGAAGAUUGCAGCAAGCUAUCAAUAGGCUGCAGGUGCUCACCGAUCGCUUUUCACCUAACUAUGGAAGGUGUGAAAAAAGUGAUGAAGAAACAACAUCAUGAAGUAUUGAAGAAAAAUCCCUUCUAUCACUACAUGGACAUGCCUAAAAUAAACCACAGCUUCCAUAGGGUUGUGUCUCUCAUGCAAGCGUACAAUCCAGAAGAUCGGGCCUUCUGGUUUGGGGGAAAUACUAUACGCUUGGAAUUCACUCCGCAGCAAUUAUCUAUCGUAUUAGGGCUGCAGUACGAAGGCGUACCGGUGGAUAUGAAUAUGGAUGGCAGAGACACUGAUUUCAUCACACGUAUUUUUGAUGGUAAGUUAUCUUUAAUGACGAGGCCAUAUAUUGGUUAUAAACUGGAGGCCUAUGCAGUUAUGACCGAUCAACAAUCUGUUGAAGAUUUCAGCAGAUUGUACACUAUUUAUCUGUUUAAUACUAUUCUACUGCCAAAGGGGAACAAAACGUUAGAAAGGUGGGUUUAUCCGCAUGUAGAAGAUUUGGAGGUUUUAGGGUCUUUUGCAUGGGGAAAGUUGGUGUAUGAUAUUCUUGUUGAGAAUAUGGAGGGGUAUCUGAAGGGGGGGUUGAAGUAUUUUGAUGGAUGCACUAUCGGCUUAUUGGUAAGUGAUAUCUAA